AGGUAACGAAAAGUAGGCGAGGACCGAGGAAGGAAAAUGGAGGCUAUGUGGUGAGGAAAAAGGACAGAGAUGGCAUGAAUGGAAUUUCUUCUCUCUCUAUCUCUAUCUCUAUCUACAUCUCUGUCACCGUCUUGUAUAUAGAAGGGGCGAUUCCUCCUAGGCAACAAGCCGCCUGAUACUGCUACUGCGACUGCUGCCUUUUAGAGAAAUUUUCAGUCUCUCUCUUUCGCUUCUGCUUUUAGUUUCUCUUAUCUGAAGAAAAGGUGUAUUUGUAUGGCCGCCAAUUCGAAGAGCACUCGAGGGAUUGCCAGCUUGGGAAAGCGAGUUGUCACCCAGAUCUGGACUGCUAAUUACUCUUCAUCGUCUCGCUGUGCUUCUGCUUUCACUGUCAGGAGGGCAGCCCACACGUCUAUAUACGACAAGAACCUUGAUGAUCAUUUUCACCCAAGCGUGGUCCCUGACGAUGUGAUUCAGCCCCAGUCGGAGAAAUACUGGGCACCACAUCCACAAACUGGUGUAUUCGGGCCUGCCACCGAGCCUCAAUCGGCGGCAGGCGGAGAGAGUGGCUUUUCUACAUCAACUGAAAACAGUGAUCCGAGCUCAGUGUUAGAGGAAAAGGCGUGGUUCCGCCCCACUAGCCUUGAGGACUUGGAGAAGCCAAAUCAACCUUGAGACUACAUAUAUAGCACAUGUGCGCUUUAGUCGAUAAAUAAAUGCUGUGAAAUAUUGCCAGCUUAUUAAGGUUUGAUAAUAUAAAUCAACUCUUGUUAUUACGCAUGCUGGUGUGGAAGUUGCUAUAUAAUGCAAUCUCGCAUAUUCAGCUGUGACAUGCUUGAUGUGGGUAUGGUUGUGGAUCACGAAUUCACAGUGUCAUGUUAUGAAAUAUUUGAUAAGCUUGUGAGACUUGAUGUGGGCUUAUAUAAAUUUUUAUUGGAAAAUUCUCAGUUAUGGGUUUUGUUA